UCCGCGCAGCGCGGUGACACGACGGGCCAGCGCGGCAUCCGGGGGCGCAGGGCCGGGGCUGGAGGCUUCCGGGAACCCCGGUCCCUCGGCCGCUGAACCCUGACACCCGCCAGAUAAGCUCUAUCGCGGCGGCCAGAGCCGGGAACAGCCGGAUACAGGGGCCACCGAGUGCAUUCCCAGAGCCAGCAUCCGCGGUGGUCAGAGGGCUGCAGGGAGCUCCGCCCGCCCGCGGUCGGUGACAACCAGCCGGCGCCGGGCAGCACCGGAGCUCGGUCCCCGAGGUCCAGACCCGCUCCCCGGUGACAGCCAUGUCUGUGCGGUUGCGCUUCCUGUCUCCCGGGGAUGCCGGGGCCGUGGGGACCGUGGGCCGCAGCGCCUCCUUUGCUGGCUUCAGCAGCGCACAAAGCCGAAGGCUCUCAAAGUCCAUCAAUAGGAACUCUGUGCGGUCCCGGCUGCCAGUCAAAUCCUCCAAGGCUUAUGGAACACUGCGCAAGGGUUCGCUCGGCCUGGACCCCCGGCCGCAGCAAGUGAAGAAGAUCUUUGAAGCUUUGAAGAGAGGCCUCAGGGAACAUCUGUGUGAACAGCAGGCAGAGCUGGACUACCUGUGCGGACGCCACACGGACACCCAGAGGGGCUCCAGGCUGGCCUUCUACUAUGACCUGGACAAGAAGCAAAUUCGCUUGGUGGAGAGACACAUCCGGAAGGUGGAGUUCCACAUCAGCAAGGUAGAUGAGCUCUAUGAAGGCUACUGCAUCCAGUGGCGUCUGCGAGACGGAGCCUGCAACAUGCAGCGGGCCUUCAGCAGCAGCACCCAGAGCCGAGCCUCCCGGGAGAGCCUGCAGGAGCUGGGCCGCAGCCUGCAGGGCUGUCUGGAGGACAUGUGCAUCAUAGAGGGGGCCUUGGAAGGUCACCUGGGCGAGUUUCAUGUCAAGAUGAAAGGCUUGGUGGGCUAUGCACGCCUCUGUCCCGGAGACCAGUAUGAGGUGCUCAUGCGCCUGGGCCGUCAGCGAUGGCGGCUGAAGGGCCGGAUAGAGCCAGAUGACAGCCAGACCUGGGACGAGGAGGAGAGGGUCUUAGUGCCCACGGUGCACGAGAACAUGGAGAUCAAGGUGACGGAGCUUCGAGGCCUGAGCUCAAUGGUGGUGGGUGCGGUGACAUGUGACAUUGCGGACUUCUUCACAGCCCGACCCCAGCUUGUGGUGGUGGACAUCACCGAGCUGGGCACCAUCAAGCUGCAGCUGGAGCUGCUGUGGAAUCCCUUGGACGCUGAGUGCCGGCUGGUGUCACCCAGCCCCACUGGCAGGUUCUCCGUGGGCAGCAGGAAGGGCUCCCUCUACACAUGGACCCCGCCCAGCACCCCCAGCUUCCGGGACAAGUACUACCUGUCUGUUCUCCAGCCGCCGAUGCAGCAGGCCCUGCUGCUAGGUGGGCCCAGGGCCUCCUCCAUCCUCGGCUACCUGUCUGACAGUGAGCGUCAGGGUCCCUGCCUGCGGAGCCGGAGCCAGGAGCGACUGGAGAUGGAUUCCUUCAGCUCUGAGGACCCCAGAGACACUGAGACCAGUACUUCAGCAUCCACCUCAGAAGUGGGCUUCCUGCCCAUGCCCGUGGCUCCCACAGCCUGCAGAGAAGAGGAGACCAAGGAGGAGCCCCCGCCUCUGGGCCUGCUGCCAGGCCUGGCUCCCCCAGCCGGGGGUGUGCGUAUAGAGCAGCCUGGCUGGAGGGACUUGGGAGGAGAGAGGUUGCAGGACGCCCCCAUCCACAGCCCCAUGGCGCCACGGAGCCGGAAGGGCCAGGAGGAUGGAGAUGCGGGGGACGGAGUGGAGGGGCCUGUGCAGGAGGUCCUGGAUCUGCUGCGGUCUGCAGACCCGGCGCAGCCCCAGCUCAGGGAGCUGGAGUACCAAGUCCUUGGCCUCAGGGAGCGGCUGAAGCCCCGAGGGGUGCAGCCGGAGCCCGUGUCAGCACAGAGUCUGAUGGACUGUAUCCUUGAGAGCUUUGCGUUUCUGAAUGCCGACCUUGCCAGCGAUGAACUGUCCCUGUGUGGGGGCUCCCAGGCUCCUGAGAGGGACAUCCCCCCACCUCCACGGCCAUCACUGAAGGUGUCACCCAGCGAGCUCACAGCUGGUGCCCCUGAGCUGGACACACUGCUCACUGUCCACCUUCAAGUCUGCAAAGUCUUACUUCAGAAACUGGCCUCCCCUAAUUUGUCAAGGAUGGUGGAGGACUACCUCCUGGAGGAAGCGGCACAGCAAAGGCAGGUUCUGGAAGUGCUUUCAGACCUUGACCUUGAGCAGGUCAGCAAGGCCAGGUCGGUUGAAGAGAUCAUCCCACAGGCUUCUCACAGGAAGGGUGGCCUGGCACUGUGGCAGGGGUGCACACAGCCUGGUGGCGUCCUGGCCUGCCCUGCCUCCACACUCCUGAGCCAGCUCAAGAAGACAUUCCUGCAUCGCGUCCGAGGGAAGUACCCCGGCCAGCUGGAAAUAGUGUGUCGCAGGCUCCUGGAGCAGGUGGUGGGCUGUGGCGGGCUGUUGGUCACAGCAGGGCUCCAGGAGGAGCAGGUGGUCACCUGGUUCCAGUUCCACAGCUACCUGCAGCGGCAGAGCAUCUCUGACCUGGAGAAACACCUGGCUCAGCUCACCAAGGAAGUUACUCUCAUUGAGGAACUGAACUGUGCAGGCCCAGCCAAGGCCUUGAGGAAGCUGCAUGGGAAGUGUCUAAGCCAGCUGCAGCCACUGCCCCAGACACUUCAGGCCUGGGCACUGCUGCAGCUGGACGGACCCCCGAGGCUGUGCCGGGCGGCCAGAAUGCGCCUGGCCAGUGCAGCCAGGAACAAGCGCUUCCGGGAAAAGGCUCUGCUGUACUACACCAAUGCCUUGAAUGACAGUGACUCCAGGCUCCAGCAGGCGGCGUGCAUGGCUCUGCAGCAGCUCGGGGGCGUUGAAAGCAUCGAGCAGAUCGUCAGUCUGUGUCAGUCUGACCUGGAGGCCGUGCGAGUUGCAGCUCGGGAAGCAACACUGUCAUUUGGUGAGAAAGGUCGCUUGGCUUUCGAGAAGAUGGACAAACUCCACUCAGAACAGGAAGCCUUCUGUCAGGAAGCAGACGUUGAAAUCACGAUUUUUUAAGACGCUGUGAUUGAUGAGCUCAAAUCGGGCGUCUUUCUUCCUUAUGCUGCGUAGCCUCCAUAGCACCCAGGAUUUGGAUGGUGCAGGCUAGCCACUCCCUCACAAGCCUGAGCUUGGGGUCGUCAGUACCCAGCCUGAGGAUAGCAGUGGUGUAUUCACAGAGCAGGUAGAAGUGGCAUGUGGGAGGCUAUGCCCCCACCCCCACCCCAAAUGCUGCUUUUGCUUUCCUGGGGUACAGUGCCAGGGCAGCUGGAACUGCCCAAGGAGCAAGGGUCUGGGGCAAGGUGAGACUCCAAGACAAGACACACAUGGAGAGCAAGCUCCCUGCAUACCCUCAGCCGGGGUCUGAUAAACAGGCUGCAACAGCUGGGCAGUGGCAGGCCCACUUCCAGUGCACGGUACCCGCAGGGCAUUGGACAAAUGCUCCAGCACCGGACCUGAGGGGAGGCUCCCACUGCGGCAGCUAUAGAGACCCACAAUGGGUUUCCUACCUAAGCAGAUAAAGCACUCCAAGCUGGUGUCUGAGAUGCCCACAAGGGGGCUCUCAGGGCUGACCCUGUCACCCCCACUUGGAGUCCUGCGGGCCUGUGUGCUGACUUGGUAUUUAUUUGCUUCCUUCAUGUCCAUUUCCUGAAAUCUCAAUUAAAACUCUGUAGUAUGUCCACCUUACUGCCAAAGCACAUGAUGUGUCUGUAGCUAUAACAUGGGAGUGGUGGCCGGGACCACACGACACUCUGCAGGACCCAUGGGGGAUCCUCCCUACAUUCUUGAUACCUGACUCAUGGUAGGCUGCCCUCCUGAUGGCAUUUUGGGGACACCCCAGGCUUUUCUCAAGCCUUCACCCCACUGGAUUUUUUUUUUAAGACUUAUUUAUUUAUUGUAUGUAAGUACACUGUAGCUGUCUUCAGAUGGUUGUGAGCCACCAUGUGGUUGCUGGGAUUUGAACUCAGGACCUUCGAAAGAGCAGUCGGUGCUCUUAACCUCUGAGCCAUUUCUCCAGCCCCACCCCACUGGAUUUAUCCCAAAGUUAUACAUCAGUCAGCUUUUACCCUGAUGUUCUUGUGAGAAUUCACUUUUACACCUGAAGAUUUCAGUUGUGAGUAGACACAGCACUUGGACAGUUCUGUGACCAGGACCACAGUGGGGACUACUUGCUGCACAAGCCAACUGUGAAUCUGAGGGGUUAUGGGGCUGUGCUUUCUACAGUGACAUCUGGCACUGCACAAGUCUCAAAUGACUUUGAAAACUGGAAGUCAGUCACCUUGGUUGGGGCCUUACAUACUUAGUCUUGUACAUGAACAGGAGGUCACACUACUUUUGGGUCUCAUUUUUAUUUCUAGGUCAAGUAUACAUUAGAUGAGGUUUAUGGAUGUCCUGAGACAUGAUGACCAUGGUAUCUGACAGGCAGCUGGCUAAGGGUAGUCUGGUGGCUGGAACAGGGAUUCCAGUGACCUUGAGUCUCAAAGUAGCCUGGGUUGCCAAAGGGGGAGUUUCUGAAAGGACAGCAUAGAGAACCCCCAUCUCUGCAGCACAGACAGGCUGGCCAGUCACAUGGCACACACAACCCACAGCACACUAACUCUACAGGGAGGGCAAGUGUGCACCUCAUGCUGGCAAGGGUAGACAAAUGACUGCCCACUCCAGCCCAGGUCCAUCAAUAAAGAAAAGGUAAGCUCAUCACAUCCGUGUUCUUUAAAAACAUUUAUUGUUGCAACUAAUGCAGACCCAUUAGUGAGACAGCAAGUUGGAAAUGGUGCAGUCAGAUAGUUCUGUGAGGUCACAGAAGACCCUGAGACACCCCACACACCUGCAAAGGUACUAGUCCAGAACACUUUUUUCUUUUUGUUGGUUUUUAUUUUUGUAAAAAUGGUUUAUUCUAUGGCCAUUGAGAGAGAGAGAGAGAGAGAGAGAGAGAGAGAGAGAGAGAGAGAGAGAGA